UCAUAAAUUAUUGAAAAUUCAUCAGCAUAGUAGUGAUAGUCCUUGUGAAUUAGCUUUAGAAAAAUUAAUAUUUAAAAUAACUAUUAAAAUUUAAAUAAAACAUCAAUAAAAAUGAAUUAUAUUCUUUGUACCAAUUGUAAUAAACCUCUUUCAAAUGAAGAAAAUGUUUACAAAUUCAGAAUAUUAUUGUUAGGAUCAACAGUAAUAGGAGGAAUUUUAGGAUGCGCCACAUUUCCUUUAUUAGGGUUUGGUUCAUCUGGUAUUUCAGCUGGUUCAUAUGCAGCUUCUUGGCAAGCUUCUAUUGGUUCUGUUGCAGCUGGAUCUUUAUUUGCUAUUUUACAAUCUUUGGGAGCUAAAGGACUAGGUAUACUAUUAUUUGGAUCAUCUACAGCCGCAAUAAGUUUAUUAACUCCUGUAGCAGCAAACUUAAAUUGGUGCACAUGUAAUCAAAAUGUUUCCUAAUUAUAUUAUUAAAUAUUUUUUUUAUUACUACCCGA